AUGCCCAAAGCACAUAUUAGAUUGCAGGUUGGGCGUAUAUGGGCGCUGCUUGCUGCGCUGAACCUCACAGAAUGCGUGUAUUUUGCGCCCAAGGAUGCGAUGAGCUGUAUGGGGGCUGUGGUGGGUUCCGUGGGCGGGAAAGGCAUGCUUAUCAGCCCGUGGUGGGCGGGGCACCCGCUGUGCAUAGCGAAGCUUGGGUGGCUGGGGUACGUGUACAACAUGCGGGCGUACUCGUGCGGGCUGGACACGAGCUUCAGCCUGGUGCCGAGGAAAGAAAAUAGAGAAAAGGUGUACAAGCACACGCGAGAGCCGGAGAAGGACAGGGCGCGCCUUCCCGACAGCAUUGCGAGUGCGGCAGCGUUUGCAGAAGACGGAGAGUACAGCGUGGCGUUCCAUCGCGCGCUGGUGCAUAUGUUUGGCCUGCAGAAAGACAGCGGGCCAACCUACGAUCGCCUGACAAUUGAAACUGGACGACCGUGCUCGUUUACAGAAUUCCUCCGGGAGAGCUGCAGAACGCAAAAAGAGGCGCACUACGUGCUGGCUGCGCUGGUUCUGCUGAGCGAGGGCGUGGACGUGCCGAUUCGGACCGCUGGGAACAGAGUGAUUCUAAAAAAAAGCCAGGAAAGCGCAGACGUGCUGGUGGAUGUGUGUGUGCCAGCCGUGGACAGUGGAGAAAGACAGCCGUCCGAGACGUGGCAGGUGGUGAACUUCUUCAAGCGAUACAGAGGCACACACAAGAUGCCAAGCACGUAUGAUGAAUUUGAGACUGCCGGCUUUCUGGAGAGCCCGCAGCUCCUGAUUCUCACGUACGUAGGCGAGUACGUGAAAAACUCGGAGGAGCUCAUGUCUGUGCUGGAGUGCAUGUUUGCGCUUGUGGAGGGCAUGGGGCUGGCAGAAAGCGUGGGAGACCCAGACAGCGUGGUCGGGCGGAUCUUUGUGCGUGCAGAGCAGCUUCCGGAAGUAGAGGCGUAUCUGGGCCUGUUUUUGGGCGCGCAGAAAAAGAUGGAGAGGAUGCGGGUUUUAGGAGAGUUUGUGCGUGUGCAGAAGCAUCUAAACUCAUCGAGCUAUGAAAGGGCUACCGAUGAGUUCGAAAAUUUGGAUGAGCCCAACAGAGAAGACUCUUCCGACGCCAGAAGCUACCCAGAGUACAGUGGGCUCAAAGAAACAGAUAACUCUGACGAUUCAGACAUGCUGCAGAGCACAAGGGGCUUACCCGAUCUUAAAUCGUGCGUCAGAUGCGAAGAACCAACAAGUGCAUUGUGCUUGCUUCUUUUGUGCCUGGCGUACGACCCCAAUAAGAUGGAGUACGACAUAAAAGGCCUGCUGGAGCGCAUUGGACGGACAGAGCGGUCGGUGCAGGCCAAGGCGGCAAUUCUGGCGCUGCAGGCUUAUAUAGAGGAGUGCUCUUUUUUCGGGGCAUUCAACUUGCGCGACUGGAUAGAGACAGACUAUUAUUCUAAACUUUACAUAGUUGAGCGACUUGUGGUUAUUUGGAAGAACAGGGAUCUGGACAUUCUAGACUUGAUGCGCGAGUUUGCCACGAAAACCGGGCAGCCGCAGGCCGUGGUAGAUGGCUUGGUGUCGCUUUCUAAGAGCCAGCCGGGUGUGCAUAAGAAUAUAUUGGAUGCCGAGGUCCUACAGCGCAUUAAUUCGAUUGUGCGCUCGCUGGCUGUGUACGAGCAGGCGCAGAUAGAGACCGUGGAGGAUAUAGACAAGUCGAACUGCAGCCGCUACGCGGUUAGAGUAAGGAAUCCGCACAAGGACAAAAGGCGCCAACAGACCUUUGAGAUGGUUACCUGCGAGUGGUAUGUAAAGAGCAGCGUGCAGAUGCCAGACCCCUUUCUUUCCAACCGCGUGCUGAAAGAAAUGCGCAGGCUGGCUGUGCAGUACAGACAGGACGCGGCUUUUCCCAGCUUUGUGUUUGCGGAGUGCAUUGACAGAAUGGCGCUGAGGUGCAACCAGCUCCGGGACUAUGGCCUAUACAAGAAAAAAGUGUGGAAGGCAGCAAGGAAAACCGCCAAGCGCAGCGCGGAGAGGCCGAACCGGGUGCUGCUGGGGCUGCCGAUUGUGGGCGUAAAUUUAAGAGAAGAGCUUUCAGCGAAGAUGCUUCUGUUUGCGCACCGGCACGGCGUGGCGCUAUCUGCCUCGCAUCCAAUCGCACGUCUGGUCGCAAACGUGAUAGGGAGCGCGAAGCUUGAAACCAAGUUCUUGCGCGAAAGUAUUUUGAAGGUGCCUUCAUUCAUUGGCGUUCUGAAGACGCUGUGCCCGACUGUGUGCCCGACUGUGUGCCCGCCCAAGGGCUGCACUGCAGCGCCCUUUGAAUACUAUGGAAGCCCUACGUAUCGGGACGUGUAUGCCCAAAAAAAGUGUAUGUUUUAUUCGGGAAGGAUCAAUAUGGAGCACAUCCGGACGUGUGCUGCGCAUACGGGGAGGCCUUUGUUCAACUGCACGUUGCUAAAAGGCUACAGGUAUCGAGAGGACGCGCCGUGUCUUCUGGCUGCAGAAAAGCCCGUGGAAAUCCUAGAAGAAACCAUCACGCUUGUCCGGGCCGAGCACACAGGGAAGGCGCUGGCGAAGGCCAACGCGCUGGUCAGAGAGCUGCUCUUUAUUUGGCUUUUUGCGGCACUUUCCUCCAGCGAGGCAGCGAGACAUUGCAGGCUUGUUGUGUGGGUGUGCCAGGAGCUGGGCCAGGAGGGCUUCUGCCGCGGCUGCAAAAAAGAAGUAUCAGAUUUCGACUUUAAAGCCGUCAGUAAAGCGCUGGCGUCCUUGGAGGACCCGUGCAUACAAAAGGCUCUUGAGAGCAUCGGGUGGGCGAAGCUUGACAUGCUGAAGAGAGCAUUGUGCGAGCGGCGGGAUCGCUUGAGAUUUCGGAUGUAG